CAUUCUCCGCGUCGUCUCCUUGUUUGUUGCAUGGAAGCAGUGGAUGGGCUUGUUCUGAGGAGGAAAGCCUUUGUUUACUUUAAUCUGUUCAUCUGCCGGGAACAAGUCGAUAUCAAUAUUCUUAUCUGCUCCCUCACGGACGUCCCAACCGAGUCCCAAGUGAAGUUGCGUCCUCUCAAACCUCUCACUAAUUAUUUGCAGUGCCCACUUUUCCUGGUCGACAUUAGCAGUUCCAGAGAGUGAGAUGGGGAAGAGCUGUAAAGUAGUGGUUUGUGGCUUGGCAUCAGUUGGAAAAACAGCAAUUUUGGAACAGCUUCUCUAUGGAAACCAUGUUAUUGGUUCUGUGACAAAUGAAACCCUGGAAGAUAUUUAUGUUGGCUCAGUAGAGACAGACCGUGGUGUCCGGGAGCAGGUGCGCUUUUAUGACACAAGAGGCCUGAGGGAAGGUGUUGAGCUUCCCAAACAUUACUAUUCCUUUGCUGAUGGUUUUGUAUUGGUGUACAGCAUAGACAGCUGGGAAUCUUUCAAGCGAGUUGAAGCCCUCAAGAAGGAAAUUGACAGGUCACGUGAUAAGAAGGAGGUGACAAUUGUAGUUCUGGGGAACAAGUGCGACCUGCAGGAAACACGACGCGUGGACCAUGAUGCUGUUCAACACUGGGCAAAGUCCGAGAAGGUUAAAUUGUGGGAGGUGUCUGUGGCAGACCGCAAGACUCUGAUCGAGCCAUUUGUCCAUCUGGCCAGUAAGAUGACCCAACCUCAGAGCAAGUCCACAUUCCCACUCAGCCGGAAAAAAGGGAGUGGCUCAAUUGACAACUAGUGCAGUAUUUGGAAUGCAACAAUUCCACUUGAGUGCAAAAGUUUGUUCCAUUCUUUUCAAGCAUUAGUCCCUUGAAGAGCAUCUGUACUUAUUUAUGUUGCUAAAGCUAUUUUCUCAUUUAUAUAAUGAAACUUUUAUAUUAAACAUAUUAAGUGUGAUAUUAAAAUAA